AUGGACGCGCUGAUGGAGCGUCUCCAAACAAAUGCCCAAAAUGUGAAUCGGCUGGUGCCGCAGCGGACGGAGCUUCAGGCGGUGGCGAAUGAGCUAACAGCAGCAGCAGAAGACGCAGUAGUGUACAAAAUGAUUGGCCCUGUGUUGGUGCGGCAGUCGAAGUCGGAGGCUCUUCAAACAUGCUACUUAAGCUACUCAGCAGCAGCAGCAGCAGCAGCAGCAGCAGCAGCAGCAGCAGCAGCAGCAGCAGCAGAGCACGCCACAGAGCAGCAGCAGCAGCAGAAACAGAAACAGGAGCAGCAGAACACGUCACAGCAGCAGCAGCAGCAGCACCAGGACAACCCCCGCAGCUGCAGCAGCAGCAGUAGCAGCAGCAGCAGCAGCAGCAGCAGCAGCAGCAGCACUGAAUAA